AGGAGAGAGAGAAGGAGGGUUGUUCGGAAGAGGAGAGAGAGAAGGAGGGUUGUUCGGAAGCAGAGACAAACUACUAAUCCAGAUUAAAUCAAAAACGAGCUCCACUAGUGUGUUUGUUGAAAGUCUCUGUAUGUGCAAUAACAAAAGAAGGUAAAGAGAGGGAGCGACCUGUUAACGCCGGGAUAAGGUAAUUCGUUCGUUGUACGGAAGCACCGUGGACAUGGAGCGUUUAUGCGGACCAAAGCUCCCGUUCUGGGUAGCCAAUCAGACGCUCCACACAGACAGCCCAGACCUGCCGGAGUGUUUCCAGCUGUCAGUGCUGUCAUGGCUGCCUUGUGUGUACCUGUGGCUUGCUUGCCCUCCAUACCUCUUCUACCUCCAGAGGAACAACAAGGGUUACAUCAUGAUGUCCAUCCUCAACAGAGUCAAAACGGUCUUUGGGUUGGCGUUGUGGAUCGUGUGUUGGACAGAUCUUUUCGGCACCUUCCAUGAGCUGCAGCAGGGGGACACACAGCCACCCAUCUACUUCGUCACUCCACUGGUGGUCGGCAUGACGAUGUUGCUAGCUACGUUUCUGAUACAGUUUGAGAGGUUGAGAGGGGUCCAGUCUUCAGGAAUUCUCUUUAUAUUCUGGUUCCUGUCAGUGCUGUGUGCCAUAGUGCCUUUCCGCUCCAAGAUCCUACAGGCCAAAUAUCAGAGUGAGAUUUCAGACAAGCUGCGUUUCACCACAUUUUAUUUCUACUUCAGUCUGAUCGUUGCCGAGCUUAUCUUCUCUUGCUUCAAUGAGAAACCCCCACUUUUCUCCAACAUAGACACAGACCCCAAUCCUUGUCCUCAAUCGACUGCUGGUUUCCUCUCCACUAUGACCUUCUGGUGGUUCACUAGCAUGGCCAUCAAGGGCUAUAAGAACCCUCUGGAAGCCAAAGACCUGUGGUCACUAAACAAGGGGGACAGUUCAGAGGUGAUCGUCCCCAAGCUACUGCGGGAGUGGGAGGUGGAGCAGGCCAAGGCUCACAGUGCUAAGGACCAGUCCACCCAGGCUCUGUACUACAAGCCUCCGCCAGUGGGAGAGUCCAACCACGUAGGGGGGGAGAGCAGUCCUGAGGAGGUGGAGGUGUUGCUGUCCAAACAGAAAGACCCCAAGAAGCCCUCCUUCCUCCGCUCCCUCAUCAAGGCCUUUGGACCCUACUUCCUCAUCGGAUCUGCCUUUAAACUCCUACAGGACCUCAUCACCUUUGUUAACCCACAGCUCCUCAAGUUAUUGAUCGUGUUCACAAAGCAGAAGGGAGCUCCCACCUGGUGGGGUUAUGCCCUGGCCUUCCUCAUGUUCUUCACCGCCUUCCUCCAGACUCUCAUCCUGCACCAACACUUCCAGUACUGCUUCGUCACUGGCAUGAGGCUUCGUACCUCCAUCAUAGGAGCCAUCUACAGGAAGUCUCUGAUCAUCACUAACGCGGCCAAGCGUACAUCUACAGUGGGAGAGAUAGUCAACCUGAUGUCAGUCGACGCUCAGCGCUUCAUGGAUCUCACCACCUUUCUCAACAUGCUGUGGUCCGCCCCACUUCAGAUCAUACUGGCACUAUACUUCCUGUGGCAGAACCUGGGUCCGUCAGUGCUGGCUGGUGUUGCUGUGAUGAUCCUGCUGAUCCCCUUAAAUGCUGCCAUCGCUGUGAAGACACGAGCCUACCAGGUGGAGCAGAUGCAGUACAAGGACGCUCGCAUCAAACUAAUGAACGAGAUUCUGAACGGGAUCAAAGUGUUGAAGUUGUACGCAUGGGAGAACUCCUUUAAAGACAAGGUUCUGGAGAUCAGACAGAAAGAGCUCAAUAUGCUCCGCAAGACGGCCUACCUCAGUGCCGUGUCUACCAUGGCAUGGACCAGUGCACCAUUCCUAGUUGCCUUGACAACGUUUGCAGUAUAUGUGACUGUGGAUAAAAAUAACAUUUUAGACGCGGAGAAAGCCUUUGUAUCUUUGUCUCUGUUCAACAUCUUACGAUUCCCUCUCAAUAUGUUGCCCCAAGUCAUCAGCAGUAUCGUGCAGGCCAGCGUGUCCCUGAAGCGUAUCCAGGAUUUCCUGAGUCAUGAUGAGCUGGACCCAGAGUCUGUGGACCGGAAUAACACUGCCACAGAUAGCUCAGUGACUGUUGUCAAUGGGACGUUCACCUGGGCAAAACAAGAUCAUCCUGCUCUACACAAUAUAAACCUGAUGGUGCCCCAGGGCUCACUGCUAGCUGUGGUAGGACAUGUAGGCUGUGGAAAGUCUUCUCUGGUGUCAGCUCUACUGGGAGAGAUGGAGAAAAUGGAGGGAGACAUCUCCAUACGGGGUUCGGUGGCCUACGUCCCCCAGCAAGCCUGGAUCCAGAAUGCCACUCUGAGAGACAACAUCCUAUUUGGCAAAGCCUACAACGAGCAGAAGUACCACUGUUGUCUGGAGGCCUGCGCCUUGACCCCGGACCUGGAAGUACUACCUGGAGGAGACCUGACCGAGAUCGGAGAGAAGGGUAUCAACCUAUCGGGUGGUCAGAGACAGAGGGUGAGUCUGGCCAGAGCUCUGUACAACGAGGCCGAUGUCUACUUGCUGGACGACCCUCUCUCUGCCGUGGACGCCCACGUGGCCAAACACAUCUUCGACCACGUCAUUGGCCCAGAGGGGGCACUGCAGGGCAAGACACGUAUCCUGGUGACGCACGGCAUCAGCUUCCUGCCGCAGGUGGAUAACAUAGUGGUGAUGGUGGAGGGCAGGGUGUCAGAGAUGGGCUCGUACCAGGAGCUGCUCAAACAGAACGGAGCAUUCGCUGAGUUCCUCAGGAACUAUUCCCUGGAGGACAUCAUCGAGGAGGACGAGGCAACAGAGGCUUUGAUUGACGAAGAAGAAGACUUCCCUGACGACGCCCUUAGCAACCAUACAGACAUGGUGGACAAUGAACCAGUGGUCAAUGAGGCAAAGAGACAGUUCAUAAGGCAGAUCAGCAUCAUCUCAGGGGACCUGGAGAACCCGAAGAGCAGGUCUGUCCGGAAGCGUCUGUGCAGCGAGAGGAAGCAUGCUGAGUCUGACCCAGAGAAGAAACUACCGAAGGUGGAGAAACUCAUCCAGGCAGAGACCGCUGAGACAGGCAGGGUGAAGAUCAAGGUGUUCUGGGAGUAUGCCAAGGCAGUAGGGCCUCUGCUGUCCCUCUUCAUCUGUUUCCUGUAUGGCUGCCAGAGUGCUGCCGCCAUUGGAGCCAAUGUCUGGCUGAGCCAGUGGACCAAUGACGCAGCUCAGAACGUGACCCAGGAGAAUGUCAGUAUGAGGGUGGGGGUGUAUGCUGCUUUGGGCAUGGCACAAGGUGUGCUGUUGCUGGCCAACUGUCUGCUGUCCAAGGCCUACAGCAUGCUGCGGGCAGCCAAACUCAUGCACCUCUACAUGCUCCAGAGGGUGCUGAGGGCACCCCAGGGCUUCUUCGAGAGCACCCCCACGGGGCGCGUCCUAAACCGCUUCAGCAAAGACGUGGAUAUUAUAGACUCGCACAUCCCAGACAAUAUUGAUAUAUGGAUGCGCACUUUCUGGUACACAGUGAAUGUGCUGAUCGUAUGCUCUGCCCUCACCCCUCUGUUCCUUCUAGUCAUAGUGCCGUUAAUGGUGUUCUAUUGGUGGGUCCAGAGAUUUUAUGUGGCCACGUCUCGGCAGUUAAAGCGUCUGGAGUCGGUCAGCAGGUCUCCUAUAUACUCCCAUUUCUCUGAGACCGUCACUGGCUCUAGUGUUAUCAGAGCCUAUGGCAGACACAAUGCCUUUGUACUAAUGAGUGAUAUGAAGGUGGAUGAGAACCAAAAGAGUUACUACCCUGGUAUAGUGUCCAACAGGUGGUUAGGGGUGCGUAUAGAGUUCAUUGGGAACUGCAUCGUGCUGUUUGCUGCUCUGUUUGCUGUGAUCGGGAAGGACAAGCUCAACCCUGGACUGGUGGGACUCUCUGUGUCCUACGCUCUACUGGUGACCAUGUCUCUGAACUGGAUGGUGAGGAUGACGUCAGAUCUGGAGAGCAACAUUGUAGCCGUGGAGAGAGUCAUGGAGUACUCUGAGACCAAGACUGAGGCUCCAUGGGAGGUGGAGGACAAGAAGCCUUCGUCUGAUUGGCCGUCCCAGGGGAACGUAGAGUUCAGUGACUACAGCGUGAGGUACAGAGAAGGACUGGAGCUGGUCCUGAAGAACCUCACCCUCAGCGUCAAAGGAGGAGAGAAGAUAGGUAUCGUGGGUCGUACUGGGGCUGGUAAGUCCUCUAUGACACUGUGCCUGUUUCGGCUUCUGGAGGCGGCUGGGGGAGAGAUCACCAUCGACGGGGUCAAGAUAUCAGAGAUAGGACUGCAUGACCUGAGAUCUAAACUCACCAUUAUACCACAGGAGCCAGUGUUGUUCUCUGGCAGUCUUAGGAUGAACUUGGACCCCUUUGAAAAGUACAGUGACGGUGAGGUAUGGAAGGCUCUGGAACUAUCCCACCUCAACAAGUUUGUCAGCAACCAGCCGAAUAAACUGCAGCUGGAGUGUUCAGAGGGAGGAGAGAACCUCAGUGUGGGCCAGAGGCAGCUGGUGUGUUUAGCCAGGGCUCUACUGAGGAAGACGAGGAUCCUGAUCCUGGAUGAAGCUACAGCCGCCAUCGACCUAGAGACCGACGACCUCAUCCAGUCAACCAUCAGGACACAGUUUGAGGACUGCACCGUCUUCACCAUUGCUCACAGACUCAACACCGUCAUGGACUAUACUAGAGUGCUGGUCUUGGACAAGGGACAGAUAGCUGAAUUUGACACUCCUACAAACCUCUUAUUCCAGAGAGGAAUCUUCUAUGGUAUGGCUAAAGAUGCAGGACUGGCACAAUAGCACUGCCUCUCCUCUACCUACAUAAAACCUAUAGUGCCUUGUGUCAGAACACAGAGUGCCAGUGAAUGUCUCAUUUUAUACUCUGCAGUCUGCUGCAAAACCAGGAUAAAAAACGUUAGAUUUUUUUAAUGUUACUUUUUCUAAAAAAUAAAAGACAGAAAAACUGUGUCACUGUAAUUUCCACGAGUGAGUUUCAGGAUGAAUCCAGCUAUUUUUUGUACUGUAUCGUUUUUAUUAUUUAAGCUAUACUUUUUAUUAUUAAAAGUUGUCUGAUUGGGAAGUUUGCUCCGUUCAAUGUGUGAUUCCUUUGUGAACCAAAUCUGUAAAAACUUGAAUUCUGUACUACCAAAAUAUGAGAGAUGGUAAUGCCUUUAUUAAAAAAAGAAAAACAUUAA